UCAAACACGUGUUUCACUGGGACAAUAGUGGGUGGUGCACACUUCCUUCGCCCGGCCACAGAAGACAAAAAAGAGUUGCUGGUGUAACAAUAGGAAGAAUAUAUUCCACUCCUCUCUUGUACACGCGGCUUAUGAGAUGAACGCUCGUCAAGAAGAACGUCCCCUUCAGCAGCAGGAGGAUCCACAGCCCCCCCACAUUAAAGAGGAAGAGGAGGAAGUGUGGAUCAGUCAGGAGGGAGAGUGUCCUGUAGGGCAGGAGGAGGCUGAUGUCAGCAAGUUUCCACUGACUGUUGUCUCUGUGAAGACUGAAGAGCAUGAAGACAAACCACCUGAGUCCUCACAGCUUCAUCACAGUCCAAACGUCUGUGGAGAACAACGUCUGCCUGAAAAAAAGGAGAGUAGCUUCAGGAUGGUGAAGGAGGAUCCUUCAAAGAGGAAGACCAGGCGCCACGGACCCUCUGGCGUCUCCUUUUCCUCUUUGACACAGACCCUUCCCUGUAAAAAUGAAGAGGAAGACUCACUGACGCCCCACAUUAAAGAGGAAGAGGAGGAACACAGCAUCACUCAAGAGGGAGAUCAUCUUGAAGGACUGGAGGAGUUCCCAGUGACUGGUGUCCCUGUGAAGAGUGAAGAUGAUGAGGUGAAAGGUGAAAGUGAGGAGAGGGGAGGGGGGGAGCCUCCAAGCAGCAGCUCAACACAACACAUGACAACAGAAGCUGAUGGAGACCACUGUGGAGGAUCACAAGCAGACAAGCUCUUAGCUCCACUAUCAGAUAGUGAGGACACAACGUCACACUCUCCUGACACUGAUGAUGAAGACUCUAAAGAUGAUAAGACAUGUCACACUGACAACACUCACUUCACAUCUUCUCACUGUCACAAAACAUUUAAAAACCAUAGUCAUCUGAAAAGACACAUGAGAACACACACUGGAGAAAAACCUUUUAUCUGUUCAGUCUGUGGUAAACGUUUUGUUCGAAGUCACAAUGUGAAAGUGCACAUGAGAACACACACUGGUGAAAAAGCUUUUAUCUGUUCAGUCUGUGGUAAACGUUUUGUUCGAAGUCAUAAUGUGAAAGUACACAUGAGAACACACACUGGAGAAAAAACGUUUUCUUGUUCAAUCUGUGGUAAAGGUUUUAUACAAAGUCAAUAUUUGAAAGUGCACAUGAGAACGCACACUGGAGAAAAACCUUUUCCCUGUUCAACCUGUGGUAAAGGUUUUACAAAAAAUCAAUAUUUGAAAGUACACAUGAGAACACACACUGGCGAAAAACCUUUUUCCUGUUCAAUCUGUAGUAAAGGUUUUGUACAAAGUAACAGUUUGAAAGUACACAUAAGAACACACACUGGUGAAAAAUCACAUUCUUGUUCAAUCUGCAACAGAAGCUUUUGUGACCGAUCAAACCUUUUAGCACACAUGAGAAGACACCCAGGAGAGAAAGUGUUGAGUUGCAGUGUGUGUGGUGAAAGAUUGUCUUCUAAGUACCAGUGUAAGAAACACAAGUGUGCUGGUGAGAACAGCAGCAGCAAAUGAAACUGCAGGAUUUGAAAUAAACUGUCAAGACUUUCAUUUUGACUUUCUAACAACUUUAUGAUUCAUUUGUUGGGUCUCUAUAAUCUAUUUUAUUCAUUACCGUUAUUACUCUGUAUUAUAAUGAUUGUGUUGUGAUUGUUUUAUAUGUAUGUCCCCAGACCUUUAUGCAAUAUACAAGUGAGAGAAAAUAGCAGAUUUUUUUUUUGUUUUUGUGAAAGGAUUUUGUUUUUACAAACUUACAUUUGUGGAUACAUCAAAUAAAUCCAGUAUUGUGUUCUAAA